AUGAAGAUCAUCAUCAGCUUCCAGGACGUGCGGCUAUCGAUGACGCUGCCAAAGAAGUGGAAAAGGGGCCCGGUGUCGGCGAUCCUGGAGAGCUAUCUGCAGUCGCCGACGGCGAAGCGCCUCGGCCUCGACGCGUCGAGCGACGUCGCCCUGGAGCGCGGCGACGGGUCGCGGCUCGGCGGGACGGCCAUCGUCGGCGAGUCCGUGCGCGACGGCGACGUGCUGCGCGUCCGCGCGGCGGGCGAGCCGCGGCCGGGCGCGGGCGGCGCGUGCGGCGCGCGCGUCGCGAGCCGCCACGCGUGGGCGAAGCAGCGCGCGCCGGCGCGGCGAGCGCUCGCGUGA